AUGGCCACGAUUGCGCCGCCGUGCACGCUGACGCAGAAGACGGGCCCCACGACGUCGGAUGUCGCGGCCAAGCUUUCCUUCGACCAGGCCAUCAAGGGCUGGACUGCGUUCUACUCGCCGACGGACAAGCCGACGGACGCGCCCAAGCCGACGGACCCGACGAAGCCGACGGAUGCUCCCAAGCCUUCGGAUGGCCCCACUAAGACGCCAGCACCAACUUCGGCCGGUGACACCACGACAAAGCCUGACACAACGACGGCCGCGCCCAGCGAAAAGACUACGGCGCCAGUGGCGACUGGUGCCGGCUCGGGUACCGCGGAGCCCAACGCAACGAUCGCUACGCCGGCACCAACGGCUACCAAGACCAAGACCAAUGCCCCGACACCAGCGCCAAGCUCGGCCGUCUCGGUUGGGCUUUCGGCCAUCGUCAUGGCGGCCACGGCGGCUGCCGUGUACAUGUAAACCUUGUUGUGUGACAAGUAUGUGCAAAAUAUAGUCAUGUAUGCUUGUGGCAAAGUCCUA